AUGAUCCUCGGAGCCUUAGCCUUAUUCCUCCUCUGGCGUCGACGAAAAAAGAACAGGAAAGCUGCACUUGCAUCAAAGCACAUGGGAGACGAAAAAGACGACGACCCAACAAGACCCAUCGACGACAACGCAAACCACUCCCCAUCCGCCUACCACGCCAUACCCAAAGGCACAACCACAACCGCAGCCCACUACGCCAACCCAUCACAAAACCCGCAUGAGACCCCCGAAUGGAACGUCGAGAUGGAUGCUACAGAAGCUGAGCGUCAGAAACUCGCUAGUACUGCACCGCCAUAUGGAGGUUCUAACCCCGGGGAAUGGAGAGGGAGCAACGGAACUUGCGGGUCUGGCGAGGGUACCGAGGAAACCUAUUGCGCCGGUGGAAAUUGA